CCCAACCCCGAUGGCAAACAACCAGGAGAGGGGGGUAGGGGGCUGAAUCGUUCUCGCCAUGAAAUACCAGAUCGGGCCCCCCCUCCUGUGCGACCCUGGCUGAUACAUUGAUCCUACGCAAGAAGACAUGAGGGAGAGCGUUGCCCUGCGGCGCUUGAAAACAGUCGAAGAGGGGGGCCAAACACACUUCAUUUUACCCGCUGGGCACCGACGUUUGGUUUUUGGCCCAUAUAAUGCAAGCACAUGAAUCGACAAAUCGAUUCAAACGUCAGGGUCCGCCGUCCUCGACGAUCACCACGUAUGUGGGAUAUUUCAACCCGUCUAGGCCUUCAGCAUUGUUUUUUCAACGAAGCAAUUCAGCGUUUCUCGACCUCAAGGCUUACCCUUCUCCUUUGAGCUAGCUCGUAAACGAACUCGUCCAAGCCUACCGACCGACAGAAUCCCGUCAUGUUGUACGUGUAUGAGAGGCAUUGAAAAUAUAUCAUCUUGAGAGUGACGUGAGAGUAAGAGUUGCGAACCAGAUGACCUUCCUCACAGCAAACGCCGCGAGAAAAAGAGACGGCAUGCCGAAAAUAGUGAGUUAUACAAGAAUAAUGCCCUUGUCUUCACUGGUCGGCGGGUUGGCGUGGUCGAUGCUACCAAUUUAGUCACACAUACACACGCAACACACACUUAUCGCAAUGAGAGGAAGGAACACCCAUCGAAACAUUGACACGAAAUCCCUUUACGCUCGGAAAAACACGGCAGUAUACAGG